AUGCAACAUUCCAACGAUCCAACUACGUUACGUGGUACCCAUUCCACAGAUUCAUUUGAUCCCGCCACUUACAAACAAAAAACGAAUAUUAUUGACGAGGAGCCCACAGUCAAGCCAGAAAUGGUUUUGAAGAAUUUUGCAAAGACUUAUGAGACACCGGCGCCAGGUGGUUAUCAAAGAUUUAUUGCCGGUUUAGGUUCUUGUUUUGGUCAGUGUGGUAUGUUUUGCUUCUUGUGUGAAAACCCAUAUAAGGAGGUUGAUCAAGGUGAGGUCGGUUUGGUGCAAACUUUUGGUAGGUUGUCAAGGACUGUUGAGCCAGGUUUAAGCUAUGUCAACACUUGGAGUGAAAGAUUGACCCGGGUAUCCAUCAAGAUCAACAUUCGUGAAAUCCCUGCACAGAAAUGUUUGACCAGAGAUAACGUGUCAGUUGUUAUUACCUCAGUGGUGUAUUACAACAUCAUCGAUCCGAUGAAGGCCAUCUUUUCGAUCCAAAACAUUGACAAUGCUAUUAUUGAGAGAACACAAACUACAAUGAGAGAUGUAAUUGGUGGUAGAGUAUUACAAGAUGUUGUUGAAAAGAGAGAAGAGAUUGCUGAAUCAAUUGAACAGAUCAUUGCCAAGACCGCUUUCGACUGGGGUGUUAACAUCGAGUCCAUUUUAAUCAAAGAUUUAACUUUGCCAGAUAAGGUUCAAGCCUCGUUGUCCAUGGCUGCUGAGGCCAAGAGAAUUGGUGAAGGUAAAAUCAUCAAUGCUAAAGCUGAAGUUGAAAGUGCUAAAUUGAUGAGAAAAGCUGCUGAUAUCUUGGCGUCCAAACCAGCUAUGCAAAUCAGAUACUUGGACGCUUUGCAAAACAUGGCCAAGUCCCCUGGUACAAGAGUCAUCUUCAUGCCUUCAGCCCAAGAAGUCGAGAAAAUGGCAGGAUCCAACAUUGGUGACGUUUACGUUGACAAAGGUAAGGGCAAGCUUCAAGAUUUGGAGGAAGAUACUGACUGGGCAGGUUCCGAGCAUGAAAGAGUCGCUUCACCUCAACGAAACAUUCCAGUGGGAAUCAACAACAAUAGGCAUGUUGCUGAUACUGUUGCCUUGCAAGAAGCCAUGCACCAAUAA